AUGUUAAUAGAAUUAUAUUUAGAUUGUUGUGAGUAUCUGAUUUUAAGUGAAUAAUGGGACAAUGGAAAAAUUAUAAUUGUAAUAAUCCAGAAAUACAAAUAGUGGAAUUCAUUUGAGAUGAAUGAGGAGCAGCAAUUCAAAGGGAGCAUUUGA